CCUGUAGUAAAGACCUGCUAUUUGCUAAGCUAUCAUAUAAUAAAAGUAUUUUAGGUAAACUUAUCGAUUUAACACGAUCAUGUUAUAUUUUAAAAUCGUCAGUGUAGGUUUUUGUGUUGCUGUUUUGGCUUCACUUGUGACAUCGCAAGAUUUGCAAUGUUACGUCUGCAACGACUGUGCUAAAGGCUACGAGGACACUGCUCAGGUCUGUAUUACGGAGACUACUACAACAGCGUUUGAAACAACAACGGGUGAACCUACAACAGAUGAAACUACAACAGAUGUAACUGCAACAGAUGUAUUUACAACAGAUGAACUUACUACUACAGUUACUACCGAUGAACCUACUACUAAUGAAGAUAUUACAACCGUUUCCUACUCUACUGAUUAUUACACAGAAACAGUAACAGAGAGUGAUACAACUACCAACGAUGACGCUACCACAAUAGAAUCCGGUGAAAUCAUAGACGAAAGUUACAAUGUGCAGAUGUUGGAUGACGACAGCAGCAAUGUUCACGGAUACGCCUUUGUACGAAGAAGAAGAGAAGCUGUUGAUCCUCAAACGCCAAGAGUAAGAUGUGUUGUAACGGCACACCAAGUGGAAAAUAGGACAGUUGUUACCCGUGGAUGUUCAUUUCUACAAAACGAGGAUUCUAACGAGGCACAUUGUCGAGAACUAAUUGCAGGAAACUAUACUGGAGUGCUGAGCCGUUGUCGAGUUUGUGAAGAUGAUAAAUGUAAUUCUGCUGCGAAAACUAUAGCAUCAUUUACAUUAUUAGUAGCUGUUGUAUCAGCUUUAUUAUAAAGUAUUGUAUUUGUUGAUAUUUUAGUUAUUUAGGCAACUGUUGUGUAAUAAGGGGUAUUAAAACACGAAUGUAGGUUAAUAGUAUCACAUGAGUGUUUUAAUACCUAAUUAUCAACAGUUGUAUACAAGACUUUAUCUACACCCAUAAUAUGAAUCCUCUAUAAAAGAUUCUGAAACAGUUAGCUUACUGCUAACAUUAAAGAGCCAGUCCUAACCAUAAUAUUAUCAUCCAAAGGAGUGUUAUUAUGAAAAUGGAUGAUAUAAUGUUGUACUGAAUUUCAUUACAACACUCGUUUGGAUGAUGUUUGGUUAUUAGGACAUUGGGUAUUUUAAUGUUGGCAAUAAGCUAAUUGUUUUAGAAACUUUAAUAGAGGAUUUUGAAACAGGGGUAUAGAUAAAGGAAUUAACAUUUGCCUAAUAGACCGGUGUUGGUGAUGAACAUUAAUGCAGUUUGCAUCGAAAAUAUAGCAUUCUAUGUAUUAUCAAUAAUUAUUAUUAUAACAUUUUUGAAAAUAUUUUCAGAAAUAAAGACAACGACAACUCUUUUCAAUGAGGCUAAUGUAAAUGUUUAAAAAAUUUGCCUGAUUGAAAAGUUUCGUGAAAAAGAUAAAUUUAAUUCUGCGUUCAUAAUGCAUAGUUAAAACUGCUAAUAUCUGUUCACUUUGCUUAUUUAUAGGUAUAAUUUGAUGUUACUUCCACAAUGAGUCAAACCAUCAGCUUAU